AUGGAAAACGAUCAGAAAACGCCGGUCGUCGAGGACGUACCGGUUUCCCCUUCUUCCGAAAAAGAGCCAGAGUCCCCAAUGUCACCAUUGGAGACAUCACCCGCAAAAUCACUACUGUCAUAUCGGCCCGGAUCUAAAGUGAACAUGACCGAAUCAUCGACCCCUCUCGGGCAAGUAAAUGCUGCUCGGCGAGGCGUUGUUCCACCCCAACGACCGAUUGCAUCUUUGGGCGGACAGUCCGGUGGUCUAAACCAAGACAUAAUGGCUAGAAUGAAGGCGUUUUCUCUGUCGAGGCAAGGUGCUCCAGCUGGUCUCCCCCAUACUACAUCGACUGGUGGUAUUCCCUCGUCAGCACAAGGAUCACCUUCUAGUGGUGUUGGAAGUCCUGUUCACGGUUCUCCCCAUGGCGUGCCAGUUGGUGCGAUUACUGGAGGGUUGGCAGGACGGUUACCUCCCGGUGGACGACCACAUCCACCAAAUUGGGCGUCUGCCCCCACUGUUCCAUCCACAAGCCCCAGACCAAGUGGAUUGGCAGCUAAACGACUGAAACCGGGGCUGAAGCUCUCCGAUGCGACUGCCCCAUCACCGACUAGCAGGACAUCGCCAGCAGCAAGCGAUGGCAACGCAACCGGAUCGGACGGCGCAACUGAAUCUGCAUUCAGCAAGUACUCCGAUUUCAUUGAUACGAAAGCAGGUACUCUGCGUUUCAAGAAUAAAGCAAUCAUCCAUGGAAACGGCAUUGAAUUCUCUUCAGGCCAGAGUUUUAGCAUAUCGUUGGACGAAGUGGAUCGACUAGAUGAGCUAGGGAAGGGCAACUAUGGUACAGUGUACAAAGUACGACAUAGCCGGCCUCAUUUACGCAAACCUGGGCUGGGCUUGUCUGGUAUUGUGAGCCGAACAACCGGGUCACAAGAUGUUUCAUCUCCAGUCUUGAAACCCAACGACAACCUGACCGGAGUCGUCAUGGCUAUGAAGGAGAUCCGAUUGGAAUUGGACGAGAAGAAACUAACACAGAUCAUCAUGGAGCUGGACAUUCUUCAUAGAUGCGUAUCUCCGUUCAUCAUUGACUUUUAUGGGGCUUUCUUUCAAGAAGGUGCAGUGUAUAUGUGCGUGGAAUAUAUGGACGGAGGUUCCGUAGAUCGAUUAUACGACGGCGGCAUACCCGAGGAUGUCCUACGAAAAGUGACACUUUCCACUAUUAUGGGUUUAAAGACCCUCAAAGAUGAUCACAACAUCAUACAUCGUGAUGUCAAGCCGACCAAUAUACUUGCCAAUACCAGAGGGCAAGUCAAGAUUUGCGAUUUUGGAGUGAGCGGCAACCUCGUCGCAAGUAUUGCAAAGACGAACAUCGGUUGCCAAAGCUAUAUGGCCCCAGAGCGGAUAGCUGGCGGCGGCAUGCAGCAGGGUGGAGCUCCAGGCGGAGGAACCUACAGUGUGCAGAGCGAUAUUUGGAGUUUGGGUUUGUCGGUGAUUGAGUGUGCAAAGGGAAGGUAUCCAUAUCCUCCUGAGACGUACAAUAAUAUUUUCAGUCAACUACAUGAAAUUGUACACGGCGAACCGCCAACCUUGCCUGACGAGUUUUCUAACGAUGCAAAAUCAUUCGUACGUGCUUGUCUCGAUAAGAAUCCUAACAACCGGCCGAAUUACGCGCAACUGCUUCGACACCCUUGGUUGACUUCAUUGAUGGAGCCGCCUACUACGACUUCACCAGCCGACGACGAGCAAAGUACCUCAUCUGAUCAGUCACCCGACCCGUCUCCCCAACCUUCUCCCAAUGAAACAGAAGACUCGGAAGUGGCUGCAUGGGUUUCUGGGGCUCUUGACCGUCGCCGCAACAACCUUAUGGGCUCUCCUGAGAAGCCAGCGUUGCAUGCAGUGGCGCUGGAUGCUGUUGCCGGAAGUCCUCUACUAGAAGAUCCGUCAACAAUUUCUCCACUGCGUGGUUAG